GGUGAGGAGAAACCCUUUCCUCAGUAUCACAGUGUGUGUGUGUGUGUGUGUGUGUGUGAGAGAGAGAGAGAGUUUCUGCCUGGAAAAUAUAUCAGCCUUGAUGCUCUGGCUCGCUAGAGACAAAGGAGCUGCACUUCCCUGAAGAGGACGGGAUUGAUGGGGAGGAUCAUGGAACUUUAAAGGAGAAAGCGGAGAGCAGUUGCAGCAGCUCUGACUUCAGCGAAAUGUGCCUCUCUCUGGCUGCUCCUGGAAAAAGGCAGAGUUGCGCGGGUAGAUGGAGAGAAGCAAAAAACCUUUAGGCUGUUCCUUUUCCCUGCACCCGGCUUGGGAAAGGAGGUGAAAGAAAACGAGCCAUAGUAAGCCGGACGUUUCCUGGAGUCUGUUUUGUAGCAGAAGAAUUGCCUUUGAGCUGCCUGCCCCGUCGUAGAUCUACAUGGCCAGACUCACUGUCUAAAGAAGGACUUUGAGGGGGGGAAGAUACCGCUGGGAGGGGGACUCUGCUUGUGAGGUUGCUUUCACAAUGAACUGGACACCAGUUGUGAGCUUAACUGUUUUAUGGGCCACAUGGCUAGUGUGUGGCUCUGAAAAGCCAUUGAGGCAAGAAGAACGAGGGAGCCAUGGAGUCAGGAAAGGGCUUUUGGCCUACAGGGGUGGCAGCAGACCAUCCUCACAGCUGAGGAGAGCUGAGGCAUCUCACAGACUUUCAAGGCCUUCUGGUAGGCUUCGUUACCGGCCCCUUGUCAAAAGGGAUUCUUUGGAGUUAAAAGGUGCACAGGCAGCUCCCCUGGAAGGUGGGAGUCGUGGCCAGAUAAAGACUAGUGAUACCAGAAUACGCCAGGUACAGAGACCUCAACCUGAAAUGAUUAAAGAUGAGGGAGCAUCAACUGUGUAUCGCUCACGAAUGGUACGUUUCCCAUCUGGGUCCAGUUCUCCCAAUAUUCUGGCCAGCUUUGCUGGAAAGAACAGGGUCUGGAUAAUCUCUGCUCCUCAUGCCUCUGAUGGUUAUUACCGACUCAUGAUGAGCCUGCUAAAAAAUGACGUCUAUUGUGAAUUGGCUGAGAGACACGUCCAGCAGAUUGUCUUGUUCCAUUCAGAAAGUGAAGAGGGAGGGAAAGUUAGGAAGAUAACCACUGAAGGGAAAAUCCUGGAACAGCCUCUAGAUCCCAGCCUGAUUCCCAAGCUCAUGAACUUUCUGAAACUAGAGAAGGGGAAAUUUGGCAUGGUGCUGUUGAAGAAGACAUUGCAAGUAGAGGAAAGAUACCCCUACCCAGUGAGGCUAGAAGCCCUAUAUGAAGUCAUCGACCAAAGCCCCAUAAGGAAAAUUGAGAAGAUAAGGCAAAAGGGCUUCAUCCAGAAAUGCAAAGCAGCUGGAGUAGAGGGCCAAGUGAUUGAAGAAGGUAACAAUGGUGGUGGUGGCGGCGGCGGCACCAGAGUAACAACGAGUGGUGGACAUGUCCACUCAUCCCCAAAGAAAGAAGAAACUAGGAAAAGCAGUGCUCAGCCAACAAGAGUUAAAACUGUGAAGAAACAUUUAACAACCACAAGGCCAUCUCCUUCCCCUACAACUAGAGCCACUACCCUUCCUCCUACAACCACAACUCCUAGGCCAGUCACCAGAGUAGUGACAACAGCAAAUAGACCUACAACCAUCACCACCACAAGUGUUCCUACUACCCAGAGAACCUGGACCACAAAGUCACACACAUUGAUUCCCACAGCACCUGAGACAACUACUGCCCAGGUUACAGAGGAUUUCUAUUCUGCUGUAUGGAAAGAGAACCGCAGAGAAAGGCAUCCAAGCCACACACACAGGCAACCAUCCGGUACUAGAAGGCCUAGCAAAGCCAUUCAUUAUGAUACCUACACAGAGAUCCCAACAGCUCCCUCAGAGCACUACACGAGGGCAAGUUCUGGUAGAUACAGAGACAACCGCACAGACAGGAAGGACUAUAACGGUAGAGAUUCCAGCAUUACAGCAGGUCCACACAAACCUGCUAAAACCAAGCUACCUAAAAAGAAAGCCCAAGACAAAAUACUGAGCAAUGAAUAUGAGGAUAAAUAUGACUCAGGGCAACCUGUUGUCCCUCGUUUAGGGGAAGAUGUUCCUGUAGGAAACAUCCCACCAAAGAAAGGGAAAGAUCCAAAGAAACAUGACCGUUUAGAUAAAUCUGAGAAGAAGAAGAAAGAAAGGUCUGAGAAGAAAGGUGAAAAACAAGCCAAGAAGGACAAAACUGAAAAGAAGAGCAAGCAAGAGAAAGAGCGCAACAAGAAAAACAAGAAAGGAAGCAAAACUGAGAAUGAAGGGAUCUUGAAACCCAAUUCCAAAUCUUUCACGCAAGCCUCCAGGAAAUCUGUGACAAACCUUUUGGAUUUCUUUGAAGGCAAGAGACGACUCCUGCUGAUCACAGCACCCAAACCUGAGAACACCAUGUAUGUGCAACAGAGGGAUGAAUAUCUGGAGAGCUUUUGCAAAAUGGCAACUAGAAAAAUCUCAGUCAUCACAAUUUUUGGCACCAUGAACAACAGCCGCAUGAAGAUUGACCACUUCCAGCUGGAUAAUGAGAAGCCCAUGAAGGUGAUAGAGGAUGAAGAUCUUGUGGACCAGCAUCUCAUCAAUGAGCUGAGGAGGGAAUAUGGAAUGACCUACAAUGACUUCUUCAUGGUGCUGACAGACUCUGAUAUGAGAGCUAAGCAAUACUAUGAAGUGCCUAUAGCAAUGAAGUCUGUGUUUGAUUUGAUCGAUACCUUCCAGUCACGUAUCAAAGACAUGGAAAAGCAGAAACGUGAGGGCAUCGUCUGCAAAGAUGACAAGAAACAGUCCCUAGAAAACUUUUUAUCCAGAUUCCGAUGGAGGAGGAGGCUGUUGGUGAUAUCUGCUCCCAAUGAUGAAGACUGGGCCUACUCACAGCAGCUUGCUGCUCUCACAGGUCAAGCCUGCAAUUUUGGUUUGCGUCACAUAACUGUCCUGAAGCUGUUAGGCCUAGGGGAUGAGAUUGGUGGAGUGCUGGAACUGUAUCCAAUCAAUGGAAGCUCCAGUGUGGACAGAGAAGACAUCCCUGCUCACUUGGUGAAGGACAUCCGCAAUUAUUUCCAGAUCAGCCCUGAAUAUUUCUCCAUGCUUCUGGUUGGAAAAGAUGGAAAUGUCAAAUCCUGGUACCCUUCCCCAAUGUGGUCCAUGGUGAUAGUGUACGAUUUGAUUGAUUCUAUGCAGCUUCGGCGACAGGAGAUGGCCAUUCAGCAGUCCCUUGGCAUGCGAUGCCCAGAAGACGAAUAUGCAGGCUAUGGAUACCAUGGUUAUCACCAAGGGUACCAGGAAGGUUACCAAGAUGACUACCGUCACCAUGAAGGUUACCACCAUGGAUACCCCUAUUGAGCCUUUGACUGCACCCUGCUUGCAUCUUAGUCGCUGUUCAAACCACAAAAGGGCCAGCCAUGGACAUCCUUUCACAGCUGCCUAAACCCUUUUCUUUCUUUCAGUGUUCAGUCAAGGGACUACACCAAGUAUUGGCCUUUGGCUUUUCUCUAACACGCAUGUCCAUGAAGUGAAAUAGAUCAAACCAAUAUCACUGAUGCCUUACGGAAUAAAGACUCUUUUAUAUUUUCAAGCCCUCAUAAUCUGAGGGUAUUACCAGGUGCUGUGUAUGUAUAGAACACCCCUCCCCACUCCAGCCGUGGACAUUGUACUAUCGGCAGGAUACGGACUGUAAAAUAGACACUAACACUUGUGUAGCUCCUCUCCCCACUGCAUGGGGAAAGAAUAUUUAUUGGAAAAUAUUGUGAAUGUUUACUGAAGAAUGGUGGAUCAUAAUACAAGAUUUACCCCUGAAAAGGUAGUUUUUGGGAAAGCAAUACAGAAUGGAUCUUUCUAGAAAAUGAAUGCUAAAGGAAUUUUUUUAAAUGCUUUGACUAAAAGGACUUUUUCAUAAUAAACCAGCUCUGUAAUCAGCUGGUUUCACCUAUCAAUUACCAGUAUGAAAGCUGAGAUUGCUAAACAUUUCAAGUAAUAGAGAGGAAGAUUCUUAGGGCAUACCUUACAUCAUGUUGCUGCUUUGGUGGUGCCCUUUUGCCUUGCAGAUGACGUUUUUCUGCCUUCUUAGGAAGGAGGGCAUUCAGCUCAAGUCAUGUUCCAUCUUUGGAACAGAGUAGAUGGAACUUGCAGGGAAAUCCCACCCACACACCCCUGCUAUUUCUGCCUUGGUUGGGGGAAGUCGGACUUUCUCAAAGCAUUGGCACUCUCUAAGAAAAUUUCCCCAAGGGCUGCCAUGUUAUCUCAGGAGACUGGAAUCCUCUCAGAGAAGAAAAAGCCUUGCAUAAUCUGAAGUGAUAGGACUGUUUUGUGUCCAGACCUAUCAUUCAUUCUGUAGAGCAACGCAGCCCCUCCACAUGUACAGACCUUGCCCUUUUCCAGACUUGCCCAUCCUUUGUCAAGGGAAGGAGUGGCACUCUGAACACGAGUAGGGCCCUCCAAUUCUAUAUAGGCAGGACCAAGCCCAUCAUGUCUUUGCCUUUCACUCACUUGCCCUUGAAAGCAAGACCUCUAUAGCUAUGCUUUCCUGGCUGUCAAUGCUAUCCUACCUUUUAGUUCCAGAUUAUAUCAAUCCAUUCCACCAAAAGAUAGCCACUGUCUCAAUAGUCUGAGGCAAAUUGCACCUCCACUGGAGGCAACCACUUAAGCUCCCACACAUUCCUUCACUGGGUUCUAUAAGAGAAGGAUUUUUGCCUCAGUUAGUGUCUCUUUGGGAUAAUUGUUCUUCACAGCACAAAUGAAAAGUUUAGUUCUCACUGAGGUGGGGAAACUUGUAUCUGGGAUGUAGCACAUAUGAGCAUGAGCCCAUGUCCUUUGCCAUGUGAAACAUCAUGUGCAUGGAUGAUGUCUGUAUCUCACACUCACACACAACCAGUGUUCCCUCUAAGGCGUGUUCAUGUGCAUACACUCACACAGUUUAUGAUGGCUCAGAUAAUUUUAGAUCCUGCAACCCAGAAUAAAACUCACUCCACACAGAAAUGAAAAAAUUAGAGCACUGCACACAACCUUCCAUGCACAUGACAUUUCACAUGGAAGGGGGUAUGUAUGUAUGUAUGUAUGUAUGUAUGUAUGUAUGUGCGUGUGCACACGCAAGCACGCACACACUAUUCCAUGUGAAACAUGUGCAUAGAUGUGCAUAUAUAUGUGUGUGUGUGUGUGAACACAUGCCUGGUUGUGGGUGUGUAGUGGAUUUAACCCAGCCUUCAUCUCAAAGCAAGCUCACGUGAGGGGAAGGAAAAUGCUGAAUCAUCCUCUCUCUUGCUUUCACCCACAAAGGCUGUUCCUUUAUAACUUAAACUGUUUCUUUAGUAGCUCAAUCACUGCCAACACGCCCACUUUUUAACAGUUUAAUCUCCCUCUGGUGUGGACAAAAUUCCAGGACUUUUUUUUUACUAUUGGAAAAGUACACAAAAACCUCCAUGUGCAAGCCUACACGUGAUGAGAAAACUUGGUAGAGUUACUGAGCAAUCAAACUGAAAUGUGUGUUGCAUCAGAGACAAAAAUCCCUUUCCAGCCGCCCCUUCUCGAGUUAAAAAUCCACUCAAAGAAGCUGGUUAAAAUUGAAAAAAACAAAAGGAAAAAUAAACUUUAUUUAAAAUACUGCAGACUA